AUGAAGGCUGCGAUCGAGUCGCUGGAGCAGGUCACCAAGGCGCAGGUGUUCCGGAAUGCGCUGGACGCGAAUGGAGCUUUCGAGUGGAUCAUUUUGUUUGACAAUAUCGACUAUGACACCGAAGACCCCCUUCCACUGCUGUCAUUGUACACCGAGACACUGUCAGCUCAAUGGACUGGAGACGGCGACCAGGUGGCUAUUCAGUAUCUGCGAGUUGCUCCAAGCUCUCCAAGUCAGCACCGUCGUAUGUGCUCAGACCUGUGCAGCUACGAGGUCUCUGCGUUGCAAACCGGUAAAACGUUCGUCUUCCGCGUGCGAGCUCAGUACUCGUACGACAUCGGCUGGAGUUCUUGGAGUGCGAGCAGCGAGCCGUUAAAGAUCCCAGCCACCCAGCUACCGCGCGCACCUUCGGCUCCAACGCUUCUAGGCGCGACAACCUCACUCCUUACAAUCACGUGGCGGAUGCGGCGGGAUCUGGAGCAGAGCAACGGCAUUUUCGCUACCGAGUUGUUUCCCGUUGUGAGCUUUCAUGCACAGCAGCAGUGUGACGAUGAGGUUGGCUGGACCACGAUCAGCGAGCGCAUUGUGCCGGGUUUUAGUGGGAACAAGGACACAUUUUCCACCGUUGCAGCCUCGUUGGAGCGUCCGCCUGGAUCUACGUGCGCCUUUCGUGUAGCAGCGACGACGACGAAUGGCCAAGGCCCCUUUAGCGUGGUUUCAGCUCCGUUCACGACUCUCCGCACAGCUCCAAGCCCCGUUGAGAAUUUACGCGUGAUUCGAGACCCCUUGACCGUAGUUUGGGACCUUCCUGCAGCAGUAGGAGGACACACGGAGGACUCGUUAACGUACGAGGUGGAGUAUCGUAUUGCGCGCAGUUCCACGUGGACCCGACUGCCAGAUUCGCUGGUUGACAACAGCAAACGCACCGCGAACAUCUCGAUGGUGUCGCUUGAAGGAUACGCCACGUACGUUACACGAGUCAGAGCUGUUGCUCAUGCGGAGAACCAAGCUGGCAGCUACUCUCAGUCGCCAGAAUUCUUGACAGAUUACACGGUCGAUGACGUUGAGGAGCAUCUUCAUUCAACCCUUGGAACAAGGCAAAUGGUCUUGGCCGCUUCGCGCCAACAAAGCGCGAACAAGCAGGACUGGUACUACGUUCAAAUGACCGGCAAUGGCGGCAGUGGGGGCUCUGCUGCCAGUGGCUUCGCAGCGAAACCUGGUGAGAACGGAGCCGUACUCAUAUUCCCCGUGACCUGGUCGGGCGAGAGACUCACUGAGCGCACAUUUUUCUUCAGUGGGGGCCUUCAAGCGUACCAAGUCUCACAGCUACAAGCCGGACAAUUAGCUCUCCGCAUCGUUGCGCUCGACAUAUACGCGUGGGGUGCUGGGGGUGCUGGCGCUCGAUCUUCAAGCGCAUCUUCGAGUGCUUUGGGCAAUGGUGGAGGUGGUGCCUUUGCGCGUGGGCUGUUCCGAGUAAACGCGGGGGAUGUUAUUCACGUUUUAGUCGGCGGUGGAGGGCAUGAAGACGGUCGUGGUGGAUUCAACGGAGGCGGCAAUGGAGGAACGGGGGAUUUCCCUGGUGGAGGCGGCGGUGGGUCUUCCGAGGUGCGAAUUAAUGGACGCACAAUCCUCGUAGCUGCUGGAGGAGGUGGCGCUGGGUCUACCGACUAUUGCUGUGCGCACGGCGGCGCCGGUGGCGGACUGGAGCAAGCGGAAUUGGGUCUUGCGGCCGAUGCUACGACCAUUCCACUGGACUUGGCUGUCACGGGGCAGGCGCCUCGCGAUGAGUACCAUUCCUCGAACGUGGCAGGUGACGAUCGGGACUUCGUGGGGCUCCCAGCGCGGCAUCAGCACCUGGACUGGGGCUUUGGUGCCAGCAGUGCCGACUAUUCCGUACUAGCAACGGGCGGCCGGGGAGCUUCGCCUACGGCUCCAGGUCUUGCAGGGACAGCGGGCUCCUACCAGUAUUCUCUAGAGGGUGUGUGUCUGUUUAACCCGCGAACGUCAUUGAUGGAAGUUGCGGUGUCUCCGCUGAUGGCAGCUCGCUGGCCGUCGCAGGGUCAACGCGGACGUGGAGGAAGUGGGCAAAGCGGAAAGCAAGCUGGAGGGGGAGGUGGUAGUGGAUUCUACGGCGGUGGGGGCGGUGGCGCAGGCGUCGAUGGAGCAGGGGGUGGUGGCGGAAGCAGCUACGUCUCUUUCGGAGACCUGUUUAACUCCUCCAAGGUUGGUCUUAGCGAUGCCGGACUUCGACCGCAGACGACUGGCGAAGCUGUAAGACAACUUGACGUAACCCCGUUGACAUCUUCAAGCGUCAGCGUGAGCUGGAAAGCACCUCCCUACGGGUUUUCACAACUUGUGGAGGGUUUCGUGGUCGAGAUGGCGAACAGAUCGGCAAACGAAGACUUCCGAGUCGUCCGCUUGAUCACUCUCCCCAACGCUGCAGUCACGAAGGAUAGCGGCAAUCUCACGAUCAGCGGACUAUCGCCUUCGGCUGCGUAUCGGUUUCGAGUGAGGCCACUGCAGCUCGACGGCCAUGGCGUCUACAGCGAUGUGAUCACGCUCCGGAUGCCUCCGAAGCCAGCAAAUACAUGGCAGCGUUGCGUCACGCGGAGCUUGGAUGAAGAGGCCACGAGGGCUGGGAUGCGGAUCACUAACACGCCUCCAUUGCUACGGUUGCCGUCCGCACGGCGGGGACACUCGCUUACGGCCAUGGACAAUUACUUGUAUCUCUUUGGGGGACUGGCCAAGAGCUACGAGUGCAACCGGGCGCACAAAGUACCGUGUCUACUGCAACAGCGACCACGCGCAGUGUCGAACGAGCUCUGGCGGUACGAUUUACUUACAGAGACGUGGUGGCCAGUGCUGCAGCCAGCGAUACUGCCCCCUCCGCGUGAAAAACAUUCGAUGGCUCUAGUGAGUGGCCGACUGCUGCUCUUCGGAGGACGGCAGAGUGAUGCCUCGGACGCCAACGAUGCGUCGACCUGGGGGCCUCAAGCUUUGAACGAUCUGUGGGAGCUGUCGGUGUCGUCCACGACGGCAAAGCAGACGUCCGUGUCUCUGGAUACCCAACAACCAACCAGUCUCGCUAUUCCUGAUGGAGAAGAAGUUUUCGCUGUUGGCACAAAGAGCGUUAGCUCCAGUGGGGAGCAGCUUUGCGUCACCAACGUGUCUGUGACUGUGCAGGUCACCCACGCGUGCCCUCACAAGCUGCGAAUACAACUAUUCGGACCCGGACCAGCGACGUUCCCAGGGCGCCAACAGAGUGUCCACUUCCCAGUGGAUUCACAGGCUCGGGAGACAACGUGGAGUGAUCGUCAGGGGCUGGGAGCUUUCCAGGGAGAUCACCGAGCGACAGACACCGCUCCGAACUCGAGAGCGUUCCCAGUGUUACUGCGGAGUCCAGAGGAAGCUGCCGAUAAAAUCGCGUGCUCGUCAGGGACCCAGAAGCUGAGCUUCGUGUCGUCUGCCAGUAGUUCUGGUACGUCAGGGACGCCACUCGAAGCCCUCUCGGUGUUUCACCAGCUACCCGUCGCCGGUAAUUGGACACUUGAGCUGUCCGACACCGCGGCUGACGGCUACGUCGGCACGCUGGACUCGUGGGAUGUCGCUUUCGACCUUGAACCCUGCGUCCCGGCGUUCACGUGGACCAACCUAUCCGCACUAGCGACAGGAUCAGCACCAGCGCCACGGUUCCAGCACUCGGUUGUCGUCUAUCAGAGCAGUAUGUUUGUCUUUGGAGGCACGCGCGGGGGCACCGGGUUGGAGUUGAACGACUUGUAUCGGCUGGAUUACACCCCAAGCGUGGCCUUCGGUGUCGCCCCCACUGCAAAGUGGACACAACUCGUCUCACUAACGGAUAGUGAAAGUCCCAGUAUUGCAGAGAGACGAGUUCAUGUUGGACGAGCAGCUCUGCUUACUCCGUACGAGUUGAUGGCUGUUGGUCGCGGCCUGAAGCCGCCUCGACGAGCAUCACUAGGGUCGAGCACACCGGUAUCGGCUUCUCGCUUUGAGGCGCAGCUCGACGUUCGCUUGAAGCAACUGGAAGAUAUGAUCGACGGGUGGCAUUCAGUUCGUGUGAGUGCUUCAGCAAGUUUAGACUCUACUGAUGAACAGCUACCGGCACCGCGUUACUGGGGAGCUAGCGCCUUCAUCUUCUCCCCGCCGGGCAAUAGCGUGCCGCGCGUGUUCCUCUUUGGUGGACAGGACGAUACGACGCUGCUGGACGAUCUGUGGAGUCUGGAGCUGUCGCAGCUGGACGAAGACUUCCCACGAGACCGUCUGAAGGCGAGAAGACUCACGGUUUGCGCGUGGAGACAGGAAAACUCGGCGUACAAGGCCCAGUGGGCAUCAUCUUGCGGUGCGACUACCACCGCCGCUGCAGUGAACAAGUGCACACUCGAGAUGCUGCUGCUGUACGCGUGGUGUGAGGAGUACUACCAGUUUAUAGUACUAUGA